GAUUCUAAGGUGUAAUCAGCUUCUGGGUUUUUUGUGUUUUGGGUUGUUUUCGUUUUAUUUCUUUUUGCAUACAAAUUGUUCUCUACUCCAUUUUCAAACAUUUCUGUCAACAGCUUAUCUUGUCUACUGCCCAGCUGAAAGUAAUGGUUAUAGCCUAAAUUGAUUUCAAGACUAUAAAAUUCUUUGGAUGAGAGUGACAUCUUGAAUUUUUAUGGUUUUGUUUUUUCAACAUAUAUCAAGCCAUCUAUGCUGUAUUUGUAUGAGAAAAUUUAGACGCGGGUGGAGGACCAUUGAGUAUACGUUUUUUAUAUUUGGGCAAGUUGCGGUUGUGGAUGUCUGUUGAAUAUGGUCAUAGCUUUUCUGUCCUUUCUAUUUGGUCAUAUAUUAUGAAUCUUCCUUGUAUUUGGCACCAAACAGUGUCCCACUACAGACCGUGUUUGUAAUGCUUUUCAAGCCUCUUAUAUAAAUAUGAAUCCUUUGAACAGUGAGAGUCAGAUUCUUUUUCCUGCUUCCGUAUAUAAGCACCUGUGUUUCGAAAGAUUGCUGUUCUAAUUCGGGGUUCUAUUCAAAGUUCUUGAUCUUGACACAAUGAAAACAAGGAGAGGAAAGCGUUCUGAGGCCUUUUGGCCUUCCAUUGUUAUGAAGAAGUGGUUAAAUAUACAGCCAAAGGUGUAUGAUUUUAGUGAAGAUGAGGUUGACACGGAAACUGAAAGUGAAGAUGAUGCUUGCUCUCUUAAAGAUUCAAGAGAGCACAUAUGUGAGGAUCAUGCCCGUAAAACUCAGGGGAACCAGUCAGAUUGUGGAACUCGAAUUCCAGAUACACCUACUAUGGGCUAUCAGUUAAGGCACAGGAGAGGGAAAUCAGAAACACUGCGUGCUCAAUACAUAAAUACGAAGGAUGUGAGGGUGACGAUAGGCACUUGGAAUGUUGCUGGAAGAGUUCCUUAUGAAGAUCUUGAUAUUGAUGAUUGGCUUUGUACACAAGAGCCAGCAGAUAUUUACAUUAUUGGCUUCCAAGAGGUAGUCCCUUUGAAUGCUGGGAAUGUGCUGGGAGCAGAGAGUAGUAGGCCAAUUCGAAAAUGGGAGGCAAUCAUCCGCAAAACUCUGAACAAAUCUUCGGAAUCUGAAAGGAAACACAAAAGCUAUAGUGCCCCACCUUCUCCAGUAUUAAGAACUUCUUCUGUUGCUGAUGUACUCGCAGAUGAGAUGGAUGAUCUGCCACUGGGGAUUACUUGCGAGGAAUUUGCCAGUAUUGCAGAUUCUGACUAUAAAGGCGAAGAUUUGAAUAAAGCUAUUGGUAUUGGAAAAAAUUUACAUUUAAGAAGAUUAUAUGGGAUCGAUUGUGACAGUAGACUGGACUGGCCUGAGCAUUCAUUAGAUGCAAAUCCUCAGGUUGUCUCUUCCAAUUCGAAAUUGCGGAGAAUAUUGAGCAGUUCUGCUAGAAUUGGCUUUGAUUGUAUAGAGAAUCCUCCGGUAUUUAGCCCUCAAAAUUUUGCAUUGAAUGGAAGUAGACUAAAAAGAUCGUACCAUAGCUCUGGAAACCUAUUACACUCAGCCUGGAUGGAACAGCAAGAGGAACCUGAAGUUGAUGGUCUAUCUGAAAUAUCUGAUGAGGGUUCUGAUGAGGAAGCUGAUACCUUCUGUGAAGCAUAUAAGGAGCAACUUGAUAAUGGAGUCAUCAGUGGUGCUGUGAAGCGUCGUAAAUAUGUGCGAAUUGUCAGCAAGCAGAUGGUUGGGAUAUACGUAUCAAUUUGGGUGCGUAAGCGGUUGAGGAGACAUAUAAACAAUCUACAGGUCUCUCCCGUUGGAGUUGGCCUUAUGGGCUACAUGGGAAACAAGGGCUCUGUUUCAGUUAGUAUGUCGCUCUUCCAAUCACGGAUGUGCUUUGUUUGUUCGCAUUUGACUUCUGGUCAGAAGGAUGGUGCUGAACAAAGGCGCAACUCUGAUGUAUACGAAAUUAUUCGGCGGACCCGUUUCUCAUCUGUCUUUGAUCAUACAGAUCAACCACAGACCAUUCGUUCUCAUGAUCAGAUAUUCUGGUUCGGGGAUUUGAACUAUCGUCUCAACAUGGUGGAUGCUGAGGUGCGGAAGCUUGUUGCACAGAAGCGAUGGGAUGAACUUAUCAACAGUGAUCAGCUAAGCAAAGAACUAAGCAGUGGGCAUGUUUUUGAUGGAUGGAAAGAGGGGGUAAUAAACUUUCCUCCCACUUACAAGUAUGAAAUAAACACGGAUAGAUACGUUGGUGAGAACCCAAAAGAAGGGGAGAAGAAGAGAUCUCCGGCAUGGUGUGAUCGUAUACUUUGGUUAGGAAAACGCAUGAAACAACUUUCAUACAAGCGAUCAGAAAUAAGGCUGUCAGAUCAUCGGCCAGUUAGUUCCAUGUUCUUGGUUGAAGUUGAAGUGUUGGACCAUUGCAAGCUGCAAAGGGCACUCAAUGUCAGUACUGCAGCAGUACAUCCUGAGAUUUUCCUUGAUGAAGACGGGGAAUUUUUUUAGCAGUUUCCUGGUAUUCAAGCUCGAAUGUGUUUGUGUUUGUGACAAUGUAGAGACUCCACACAGUCAGUAAAAAGAAAAUAGUUUGCAUAUUGUAUACAUCAAUCUUUUUGUCAAA